AUGUCUGACUCUCCACAUGAUCAACAACCCAACAAUAUGAUCCAGCAGCGCCACCGUCCUCCGUCGCCGUACUCUCCUAAUUCCCCCACACACUCUCAAUCAUCGCCGCCCAAGAAAAUCAAGAAAACCACCACCAGCUCCGCCGCCGCCGCCGCCGCCACCAACGGAAAACACCCAAUGUACCGUGGAAUACGGAGCCGCACCGGAAAAUGGGUAUCGGAGAUUCGCGAGCCGAGGAAGACCACGCGCAUAUGGCUCGGCACGUACCCCUCGCCGGAGAUGGCGGCGGCCGCCUACGACGUGGCGGCGCUGGCACUGAAGGGGGGUGAUGUUCUCUUGAACUUCCCGGAUCACGUUACCUCGUUCCCGGUCCCGUCUUCGCCUUCACCACAGGAUAUCCGCCGGGCCGCCGCCGACGCGGCGGAGAUGAUGAGGCCCGCCGGCGGAGAUACUGCGGCGGAUGAUCGGAAACUGCCGAGAGAGGAUACUGAAGCGGCGGCGGCGGCGGAGCCGCCUGAUAAUAUUGUAGAAACUAUUAUUGAUGAGUUCAUAGAUGAGGAGGCGUUGUUUUAUAUGCCUAACUUGCUUUUGGAUAUGGCGGAGGGAAUGCUGGUUAGUUUGCCCAGGAUGGCUUUCCGGCCGCCGGAAGAUUCGCCGGAAAAUUCUGAAGGUGAAAGCCUUUGGAGCUACUUCUGAUGACCGGCGGCCGAAUUUCUGAAUAGAGUGAGAGAAAUUAAACGCAGAAAAAAAAUCGAAAAAUCAAAUGCAUUCGAAAAAUCAAAUGCAUGCAAUGCAAUGCAUGAAUACUAAUUAUUGCAGAGAGGAGAAAAUUCAAUCAAAUUUUGCUUCGAGAUUA